AUGGCCACAGAUGAUAAGACUUCUCCAACAUUGGACUCCGCUAAUGACUUACUUCGGUCUCCUACCAGUCCUUCUCAUCUCACACACUUUAAACCUCUGACUCCUGAUCAGGACGAGCCUGCUUUUAAAUCAGCGUAUAGUUCUUUUGUCAAUCUCUUUCGAUUUAACAAAGAGAGAGGAGAAGGGGUCCAGGGAGAGCAACAGUCUCUGAGUGGGAGUUGGACCAGCCCUCAGCUCCCUUCAAGGACACAAUCUGUGAGAUCACCUACACCUUAUAAAAAGCAGCUUAAUGAGGAGUUCCAGCGUCGAUCUUCAGUGUUAGACACCAGAAGGAAGGCAGAACCUACUUUUGGAGGUCAUGACCCUCGCACAGCUGUUCAGCUUCGAAGCCUCAGCACAGUAUUAAAACGCCUCAAGGAAAUCAUGGAGGGGAAGAGCCAGGAUAGUGACCUGAAGCAAUACUGGAUGCCAGAUAGCCAGUGUAAAGAGUGCUAUGACUGUAAUGAGAAGUUUACCACUUUCAGGCGCAGACACCACUGCCGGCUAUGUGGGCAGAUUUUCUGCAGUCGUUGCUGCAAUCAAGAAAUCCCUGGAAAAUUUAUGGGUUAUACAGGGGACCUCCGAGCCUGUACAUAUUGUAGAAAAAUAGCCUUAAGUUAUGCUCAUUCCACAGACAGUAAUUCCAUUGGUGAAGACUUGAAUGCUCUUUCAGACUCCGCUUCCUCUGUGUCUGUACUUGAUCCGAGUGAACCCCGUACACCUGUGGGGAGUAGAAAAGCCAGCCGCAACAUAUUUUUAGAGGAUGAUUUUGCCUGGCAAAGUUUAAUUCAUCCAGACUCUUCAAACACCGCUCUUUCAACAAGACUUGUAUCUGUUCAAGAGGAUGCUGGGAAAUCUCCUGCUCGAAAUAGAUCAGCCAGCAUUACUAAUCUGUCACUGGAUCGAUCUGGGUCUCCAAUGGUACCAUCAUACGAGACGUCUGUCAGUCCCCAGGCUAACCGAACGUAUGUUCGGGCAGAGACCACUGAGGAUGAACGCAAAAUUCUUCUGGACAGCGUUCAGUUAAAAGACCUCUGGAAGAAGAUCUGCCAUCACAGCAGCGGGAUGGAGUUCCAGGACCACCGCUACUGGCUGAGAACACACCCCAACUGCAUUGUCGGCAAGGAGUUAGUCAACUGGCUAAUCCGGAAUGGACACAUUGCUACAAGGGCACAGGCUAUAGCAAUUGGACAGGCGAUGGUGGAUGGACGUUGGCUGGACUGUGUCAGUCAUCACGACCAGCUCUUCCGGGAUGAGUACGCUCUGUACAGACCACUGCAGAGUACAGAAUUUUCCGAGACCCCUUCUCCGGACAGUGACUCGGUGAACUCCGUGGAAGGACACUCUGAGCCGUCCUGGUUUAAAGACAUCAAGUUUGAUGACAGUGACACUGAGCAGAUAGCUGAAGAAGGUGACGAUAAUUUGACUAAUUCUGCCAGUCCUAGCAAGCGCACAUCAGUCAGCAGUUUCCAGUCCACAGUGGACAGUGACUCAGCUGCUUCCAUCAGCCUGAACGUGGAGCUGGACAACGUGAACUUCCAUAUCAAGAAGCCCUCCAAGUACCCACAUGUGCCCCCUCACCCUGCUGACCAAAAAGAGUAUUUGAUUUCUGACAAUGGAGGACAACAGCUAUCAAUAAGCGACGCCUUCAUCAAAGAAUCCUUAUUUAACCGUCGAGUUGAGGAAAAAUCCAAAGAACUGCCUUUCACACCUUUGGGCUGGCAUCAUAACAACCUGGAGCUGCUGAGGGAGGAGAAUGGAGAGAAACAAGCUAUGGAGAGGCUGCUUUCAGCUAAUCAUAAUCACAUGAUGGCGCUGCUGCAACAGUUGCUCCACAGUGAGUCACUGUCCACGUCUUGGAGGGACAUCAUCGUAUCCCUGGUCUGCCAGGUCGUUCAGACAGUCCGACCCGACGUCAAGAACCGGGAUGAUGACAUGGAUAUCCGCCAGUUUGUCCACCUCAAAAAAAUCCCAGGUGGAAAGAAGUUUGAUUCUGUGGUUGUCAAUGGAUUUGUUUGCACCAAGAAUAUUGCACAUAAAAAGAUGAAUUCUUCUAUUAAAAACCCCAAAAUUCUUCUGUUGAAGUGUUCCAUUGAAUAUCUCUACAGAGAAGAAACCAAAUUUACUUGCAUUGAUCCUAUUGUGCUUCAGGAAAGGGAAUUCCUAAAGAAUUAUGUUCAGCGAAUAGUUGAUGUUCGACCCACACUGGUUCUGGUUGAGAAGACGGUAUCUCGAAUUGCACAGGAUAUGUUGCUGGAACAUGGCAUUACUUUGGUCAUUAAUGUAAAAUCACAAGUUUUAGAACGAGUUAGCCGGAUGACCCAAGGUGAUUUGGUGAUGUCGAUGGACCAGCUGCUUACCAAACCCCACCUGGGCACCUGUCAUAAAUUUUACAUGCAGAUGUUUCUGUUGCCUAAUGAACAAACCAAGACACUGAUGUUUUUUGAAGGCUGUCCACAGCACCUGGGCUGUACAAUCAAGCUUAGAGGAGGCUCUGAUUAUGAGCUGGCUCGAGUUAAGGAGAUCUUAAUAUUUAUGAUCUGUGUAGCUUAUCAUUCUCAACUAGAAAUCUCCUUCCUCAUGGAUGAAUUUGCUAUGCCUCCUAUGUUAACGCAAAACCCUUCCUUCCAUUCUCUGAUUGAGGGACAGGAGGAUGAAGGGGCUGCACAGGAGCCGUUCAGCGGAAGUCCCCUCCCCCGGGAGCCUGACAUCCCCCUGGACUUUCUGCCUUCUGAUGAUGGCAGUUUGCUAGAAUCAAGGAUUCUGUUUGAGAAGGGUGACCAAGAAAGUAAGAGCAUGCCACAGGAUGUUGCCUCUUUGAAGCCUCAAGAGCAUGCCCCAGCAGCUUGCCCGGUGGGUGCCCCCUGCGCUCUCUUCCCAUCAGUACCAGAGUCAUUGCUGCCGCUCCAUGUGGAUGACCAACAGGACGCCAUAGGCAGCGAGCAGCCAGAGGCUUUGCAGCAAACAGAGGACCUUCCGGAUCCCACAAGUCAGAUGAGAACCUUUAGAGACCCUCUGCAGGAUGACACCGGCCUGUAUGUUACCGAGGAAAUUACCUCUUCUGAAGAUAAACGGAAGACUGAUUCUUUGACCUUUAAACAAGAGUUGAAAGAUGUGAUCCUCUGCAUCUCACCAGUCAUCACAUUCCGGGAGCCAUUCCUUUUAACUGACAAGGGUAUGAGAUGCUCUACCCGAGAUUAUUUUGCGGAGCAGGUUUACUGGUCUCCUCUCCUCAAUAAGGAGUUCAAGGAAAUGGAGAGCAGGCGGAAGAAACAGAUGCUUAGGGAUCUCUCUGGCCUUCAGGGCAUGAAUGGAAGUGUUCAGGCCAAGUCCAUUCAAGUCCUACCUUCACAUGAGCUCGUGAGCACCAGAAUUGCUGAACAUCUGGGUGACAGCCAGAGCUUGGGGAGAAUGCUAGCUGAUUAUCGGGCCAGAGGAGGAAGAAUCCAGCAAAAACAUUCAGACCCUUUUGCUUACUCAAAGGAGGUAUCGAGUACCUCAAGUGGCAAAUCAGGAAGCAGAACUGAAGGUGAUGAAGAAAAAGGGUUGAUUACAAGUGAUGCAGUGUGGUCGACAAAGGUGGACUGUCUGAGCCCUGUCAACCACCAGAGGCUGUGCGUGCUCUUCAGCAGCUCUUCUGCCCAGUCUAGCAACGCCCCCAGUGCCUGCGUCAGCCCUUGGAUUGUAACAAUGGAAUUUUAUGGAAAAAAUGAUCUUACAUUAGGAAUAUUUUUAGAGAGAUACUGUUUCCGGCCUUCCUAUCAGUGCCCUAGCAUGUUCUGUGAUACCCCCAUGGUGCACCACAUUCGACGCUUCGUCCAUGGCCAAGGCUGUGUGCAGAUAAUCCUGAAGGAGCUGGAUUCUCCGGUACCUGGAUAUCAGCAUACAAUUCUCACCUACUCCUGGUGCAGAAUCUGCAAACAGGUAACACCAGUUGUCGCUCUUUCCAAUGAGUCUUGGUCCAUGUCAUUUGCAAAAUACCUUGAACUUAGGUUUUAUGGGCACCAGUAUACUCGCAGAGCCAAUGCUGAGCCAUGUGGUCACUCCAUCCACCAUGAUUAUCACCAGUAUUUCUCCUAUAACCAGAUGGUGGCAUCUUUCAGUUAUUCUCCCAUUCGGCUUCUUGAAGUGUGUGUUCCACUUCCCAAAAUAUUCAUUAAACGUCAAGUCCCAUUAAAAGUGUCCCUUCUUCAGGAUCUGAAGGACUUCUUUCAAAAAGUUUCACAGGUAUAUCUUGCUGUGGAUGAAAGACUUGCAUCUUUGAAAACUGAUACAUUUAGCAAAUCAAGAGAGGAAAAAAUGGAAGAUAUCUUUGCACAAAAAGAGAUGGAAGAAAGCGAGUUCAAGGGCUGGACUGAGAAGAUGCAGGCGCGGCUCCUGUCUUCCUCUGUGGAGACCCCCCAGCAGCUGCAGUCAGUCUUCGAGUCGCUCAUUGCCAAGAAACAGAGCCUCUGUGAGGCGCUGCAAGCUUGGAAUAACAGGCUACAAGACCUUUUCCAACAAGAAAAGGGUAGGAAGCGGCCUUCAGUUCCUCCAAGUCCUGGAAGACUGAGACAGGGUGAAGAAAGCAAGAUAAGUGCAGUGGAUGCAUCUCCACGGAAUGCUUCUCCAGGACUUCCAAAUGGAGAAAAAGAGGACCGCUUCUUGGCCACCCUGUCCAGUCAGAGCUCCACCAGUUCCCCCCAUCUCCAGCUGCCCACUUCUCCUGAAGGCGUGCCUGAGCAGGCCAUGGGAGGGCCCCCCGAACUCGAUACUGCCAGCAGUUCUGAAGAUGUAUUUGAUGGACAUUUGCUGGGAUCUACAGACAGCCAGGUGAAGGAAAAAUCAACCAUGAAAGCCAUUUUUGCAAAUUUGCUUCCAGGAAAUAGCUAUAACCCUAUUCCAUUUCCUUUCGAUCCAGAUAAACACUACUUAAUGUAUGAACAUGAACGCGUGCCCAUUGCAGUCUGUGAGAAGGAGCCCAGCUCCAUCAUUGCCUUUGCUCUCAGCUGUAAAGAAUACCGGAAUGCCUUGGAGGAAUUGUCCAAAGCCACUCAGCGGAACAGUGCUGAAGAAGGGCUUCCAACAAACAGUACUUUAGACAGCAGACCAAAGAGUAGCAGCCCAAUUAGAUUACCUGAGAUCAGCGGAGGACAGACAAAUCGUGCCGUAGACGCAGAACCACAACCAACCAAAAAGGCUUCUGGAAUGUUGUCCUUCUUCCGAGGGACAGCAGGGAAAAGCCCUGACCUCUCUUCCCAGAAGAGAGAGACCUUACGUGGAGCAGAUAGUGCUUACUACCAAGUGGGGCAGACGGGCAAGGAGGGGACGGAGAAUCAAGGCAUUGAGCCUCAAGAUGAAGUAGAUGGAGGAGAUACACAGAAGAAACAACUUACAAAUCCUCAUGUGGAGCUUCAAUUUUCGGAUGCCAACGCCAAGUUUUACUGUCGGCUCUACUAUGCGGGAGAGUUUCAUAAGAUGCGAGAAGUGAUUCUGGGCAGCAGCGAAGAAGAUUUCAUUCGUUCCCUUUCUCACUCUUCUCCGUGGCAGGCCCGAGGAGGCAAAUCAGGAGCUGCCUUUUACGCUACUGAAGAUGACAGAUUCAUUUUGAAGCAAAUGCCUCGUCUGGAAGUCCAGUCUUUUCUUGACUUUGCACCACACUACUUCAAUUACAUUACAAAUGCCGUUCAGCAAAAGAGGCCUACUGCAUUGGCCAAGAUUCUUGGAGUUUACAGAAUUGGUUAUAAGAAUUCUCAGAACAACACUGAGAAGAAGCUAGAUCUCCUUGUCAUGGAAAAUCUUUUCUACGGGAGAAAGAUGGCACAGGUUUUUGAUUUGAAGGGUUCACUUAGGAAUCGAAAUGUAAAAACUGAUACCGGGAAAGAGAGCUGUGAUGUCGUUCUUCUGGAUGAAAAUCUCUUAAAGAUGGUUCGAGACAACCCUCUGUAUAUCCGUUCUCAUUCCAAAGCUGUGCUGAGAGCCUCGAUCCGGAGCGACUCCCACUUCCUUUCUAGCCACCUCAUUAUAGACUAUUCUUUGCUAGUUGGGCGAGACGAUACCAGCAAUGAGCUAGUAGUUGGAAUUAUAGAUUAUAUCCGAACAUUUACCUGGGACAAAAAGCUUGAGAUGGUUGUGAAAUCAACAGGAAUUUUAGGAGGACAAGGUAAAAUGCCGACCGUGGUCUCCCCGGAGUUGUACAGGACUAGAUUCUGUGAAGCCAUGGACAAGUAUUUCCUGAUGGUGCCAGACCACUGGACAGGCUUGGGUCUGAACUGCUGA